GGCUGCGGGAAAGGAGCUGGCACUCCCAGCGGUGGUGGCGGCGCGUUGGGGCCUGGUGGCCGCGCGUUCGCGCCCCCUCCGCCCCCGCUUCCGGGCGCCGCCGGCGCUGGGAAGGGGCAAGCGGCCCGGGCGAAGACGCAGAUCUGCAGCUACUGGAAGGAGGGCAGGUGCACACGUGGCAACACCUGCGCUUUCGCGCACGGGGAGUCGGAGCUGGGGACUGCACCAAGGAUGGUUGCUCCUGGGGCACCAGUUGGUGCCGGCGCCAUCAGGAUGGAGCCUCCGCCGCAGACGGGAGGCCGGAAACGGUCGAUCUGCGUGUAUUGGAAGGAGGGCCGCUGCACCCGCGGCGCCGCUUGCGGCUAUGCGCAUGGCGAGGAGGACGCCGUGCCCCCCGGCGACGCGCGCGAGGCGGCGCGCGGUGCCGACGGCCGCGGCGGAGGCCCCGCCGCCGCGGAUCGGCCGCGGAGGGAGCACAGGGAGCCCAGGGGCAAGGACAUCCGCAGGCGGGUGCGGUCGCGGUCCAGAUCGCUGCGCCUGCACGCGAGGUCCGUGCCCUUCACGAGGAUAGAGACGCUGGCGGGCGUGGAGAGAGCCCAGUGCGAGGUGGUGGACGCCCCCGCCGCAUCCGGCGAGGAGGGCGCGUUCGCCACCAGCGGAGACUUCCCCGCGCAGACGCCCGCCGAGUUUCUGUCCGGCGAGGGCGGCGCGGAGCAGUUGGAGCGCAUGUACGGCCUCGGCGUGAAGAUGCUGAAGGAGAUGGGGUGGCGGCCAGGCGCCGGUGUCGGCCGGGCGUUGGAGGGGGUGCUAGAGCCGCCCUCCGUCCGCGUGCCCGGCCUGCCUUCGACCCGGAGCGGUCGCCGGGACCGCCGCUGCUUGGGCCUGCCGCCGCCUCAGGAGCCCGCCGCCUCCGACGUGGCGUCCGUGCGCUCCGCUUCCCCGCGCCGCUCGAAGUCGCCGCCCGCGGCGAGGCGCAGGCCGCCCUCGGCGAGGAAGCGGUCGAGGAGCAGCGCCAGCUCCAGGAGCAGCGCCUCGGGCGACGCCAGGAGGUCCAGAAGCCGCUCCAGAUCCAAGAAGAACAAGAAGAAGAAGAGCCGUUCCCGGAGCUCUUCGAAGUCGAGCUCCUCUGCCAGCUCCAGCAGCAGCAGCCGCGCUCGCCGGAAAAAACGCAGGAAGCAGAGGGCCGCAAAGGCUGCUGCUGCAGGCGGCGAGAAAGCUGCUGGCCCAGCUGCAGGUGCGGCCGCCAAGCCCGCGGAGGCCGCCCCGGCCGCGGCGGCCCCAGAAGACGCGGAGACGGCGCAGGCCAAGAAGCAGGUGUUGGCCAAGCUAACCGACAUCAAGAACGUGGAGCCGAAGGUCAUCUUCGAGAUGGCUAUAUGGAGCUGCGCGCCAGGCCGUGACGAGGGCACUGCAGCUUAUAUGGCGCCCCAGACAGAGCUGGUGACCCUGAUCAUGUUGGCCUCUCUGAGCCCGGUAUGGGUCCCUCGGAAGAUGGCCAUGGUGCACACCGGAGUACGCUUCGUAUUAAUUGACCUCUUCCCUGCCGUGCCACAGGAGACGGAGCUCGCGGAGGUCGAGGCCCGGCUGAGGCGGCAGGUCGUCGACACGCAGGCCAUCCAGGCCUCGAAGCUUUCGCAGUGCGACUUCGAGCUGCGCGCCAUGGUGCGCGCCACCGCGGCGGAGCACUCGGACCAGCUGCGCUCGGAGCUGGCCCGCCUCGAGGACGCCAGCGCCGCCAUCCGCACGUCGCAGCAGGUGGCCCUCGAGGACGCGGCGCGCGAUGUGGAUCAGCGCCUAAGGCAGGCGCGGGAGGAGUUUGAGGCUCGCCUCGCCGCCGCGGAGGAGAAGGCCCGGCGCGCCGUAGCGCCGCUCGAGGACAGGGACGCCCGGCUGCAAGCCGACAUCGUUGCGUACCACCGCGACGCGGUGGGUCGCUGCGAGCGGGUCGCGGCCGAGGCGCACACGACCAUCGACGCGGCGCUGGCGGCGGUGCAGCAGGACGCGGCGCGGCAGGACGAGAAGAUCGAGCGGGGGUGGGAGGCCCUGCGGGCCGAAGGCGCCGCCCUCGAGGACGCGGGCAGCGGCGGGCUGGUCGGGAUCAGGUUGGCAAAGAGGGCGAUGGGUAAGGGCAAGAAGGCGGCCGCAGCAGCCGCUGACACCCAGGAUCCUUCUCUCUGGACCAAGUGCAAGAGUUGUGGUAAGUGUGAGUGGAACAACGUGCUCCAGCAGCGCGGGUACUGGUGCAAGUGCGGCAAGCAGGUCGAGCUCUUCCGCCCCAGCCCGAAGAAGGGGGACGGCAACAACCAGCUUGCGCUUCGGUCCGACAACGGCGGAGGCGGAGCAGCACCAGCACCGUCAGCGGCGUCCUCGGAGCUCGUGGCGUACCAGCAGGCGCUGGCAGUCACCACGGACCUGGGGAUGCGCACGCUGCUCGAGGCCCAGAUCUGCAAGCGCCAACAGGUCGCGGCGGCGGAGUCCACGGUCAGCCCCGGGGUGUCCUUGCAGAAGGCGUCGGCGGCGGUGCGACACGCUGGAGUCAAGCACGACCAGGCAGUGGCAGCGCUCAUCAAGGCCGGGGCCGUUUUGGCCCGGGCCCAGCAGUGUGAGCAGGCGGCAGCGCUCACCAUGGCCAGGGCCGAGCAGGCCAAGAAGAUAGCGGUGAAGGCGUUGGCGACUCAGGACGGCUUGCUGACCGAGUCUGCCGCCGCCGCAGCCGCUGACGCGGAGGAGGCGCACCUCUUCCGAGUCUCGUGGGACGAGGCCUUCUUCGAGUCCGUCGACCAGCUGGAGUGCGAGGGCCGCGAGAAGGAGAUCCGCGCCAAGCUCAGGCAGUUUUUGGCGAGAACGAAGACGCACCUCGCGCCCAAGUCAGACGAGGUGAAGAAGUGGCUUGCGGAGCUCAAGGCGGUCCAGCAGGCGAUCGAGAGUCGCAUGGCCAAGAAACGUCGCGGAACGGCAGCGGCGGCAACAACGGCGGCGGCCAUGGGGGCGGCCGCGUCGCCCGCCGUGGCCGAGCCACCCGGCCCCGAGGCAGGGGUGGCGGCCGAGGCUGGGGUGCAGGCGGCCGCCCAGGCCCAGCGCAUCAGCGAGACCAAGAAGGCAGCAGCGGAGGCGGCAGCGGCGGCAGCGGCCAAUGCAGCAGGCAAAGGGGACCAGCGCCCAGCCGCAGUCUCAGCUGACUGCGCCGCGCUCGUCCUCUCCCGAUUCGGGGGCGACUUCAGCUUCACCAUAUGA